AUGGCUGAAAUCUUGGAUAAGAGUGCUAAACAAACAAAUGAUGUAACUAAAAAGCUUGCAAUUAAUAAUUUCAAGCUUUCACCACGCUGGUUAAACCGUUUUUUAAAAUGUUACGAUCUUUCGCUUCGAUGUAAGACUAAAAUUGCGCAUAAGUUACCAGAGGAUCUUGAGGAUAAGUUACUUGAUUUUCAGUGGUUUGUUAUCUGCCUUCGCCAAAAGAAUGAUUACCCCCUUGAAAUGAUUGCAAACAUGGAUGAGACUCCAGUUUGGUUCGAUAUAGUAGGUGGCUUAACUGUGAAUUCAAAGGGUGCAAAAACAGUCUAUGUUGAACAACUAGAAACGAUAAAAAUAGAUUCACCUACCACCCCACCACCUCCAGCUAGUGUAGUAGUUUGGUUCCAAGAAAAAGGAUGGAUGGAUAAGUUAGGAAUAAGAAAUACUGACUUGGCUGUUAUUCCCGGGGGUCUUACAAAAGGAAAACUUGAAGCUGGGCAUUCAAGAAGUGUGAAUAACGAUGGUCCAUAUCAAAUAAAUGUACAUCAUAAUAUUUUAAUAUUCCCAAUAGUAAUCGCUCAGUACCAAAAAUUUUUGGCUAACAUGAUGCCCCCUGAUUUUUUUUCUGGCGAUGUUUUUACUAAACAGAAUUUUGGACCUGCAGCCAGUGAUAUUAUUCUAAUGAUGAGUAGCGGAUGUCUUAAUUAA